AUGAAUACUCGGGUACGCGAUUCACACUAUGCACGUCCUCUGUCACCUACGAACGUCGUCUCUUACAUACUCUCCCAAGACUCACCCUCAAACCCAACCUCAUAUUCGUCUUCCGAGUCGGCCCCCGUUGCUACAAUUUAUAUCAAAAAUCUCCCUUGGUCACUCCUGUCUUCCCCGGAGACCCUCUCCGAGCCCUUUAGCCGCUUCGGCUCUGUCGUCUCCGCCCACAUUCCCGCGAGAGGCGGGCGGCCCAUGGGCUUCGGGUUCGUCACCUUCGAGGACCCUGCCUCGGUAAAAGCAGCCAUCGAGGAGAUGAACGGCGAGGAGCUCGAUGGACGCGUCGUGGAGGUUUCCGAGGCGGUCCGGAAUUCGACCGCGAACGCAGACGGCGGCAGGGAGAGACGCCCCCAGACACAGAGGAGGAGCAACCCGCCGUCUGAGACAUUGUUCGUCAGGAAUUUGAAUGGUGCUAGCAGCGAGGAGGUCUCCAGCGUCUUCGAUAAUCUGGGAGCGGUCCAGGUGAGGUACAGAGAGGAGAAUGGGUUUGCCCAUAUUACGUUCGCGGAUGCGGAGGAGGCCGGAAAGGCUUUGGAGGCAGUACAGGGGAUUGAAAUUGGCGGGAACUCCAUCGCUGCGGACUACAACAGGCCGAGGGAGGAGAGGAGUGAAGGUGGCGGCGGAGGAUAUGGAGGUGGAAGGGGAGGAGGACGUGGUGGAUACGGUGGUGGAGGAAGAAGUGGCGGUUACGGAGUGCGUGACGGUGACUCUGGAGGUAGGGGUGGCGGAUAUGGUGGUGGAGGACGCGGUGGAGGGUACGGUGGUGGAGGACGUGGUGGAGGGUACGGUGGUGGAGGACGUGGUGGAGGGUACGGUGGCGGUGGACGCAGCGGUGGCUACGGUGGUGGGGACAGGUACUGA